AGGAGAUAACACUGGCCACUGGAGAGACUGUAACUGUAUGCUGCCUGAGACCUCUCAGCUGCCCACAGAAGCCAGAAUGUCUUGGGUCCUGCUUUCUGUCCUGUGGCUCAGCAUUCAAACUCAAGUGAUAGACACAACAUCAAGCCCAGAGUUAAAGCGCCGUCAAGUAGUCCAUCCUAAAAAGCUACCCAUUUCACACAGAAGAGGGAUCGAGGGCAACCAGACAGAGAGCUAUGGCAGAAAGGAAAUGUAUGCCCCUGAAGUUCAAUAUCAGAUCAUACUAAAUGGAGAAGAAAUUACCUUUCACCUAAAGAGAACCAGGCAUCUUCUGGGGCCAGACUACACUGAAACAACUUACUCACCGGGAGGAGAAGAGGUGACCAGAAGCUUUCAGGACAUGAAACCCUGCUACUAUGAAGGCCACAUCCUGAAUGCAAGAGGCUCUCUUGCCAGCAUCAGUACAUGCGAUGGCUUGAGAGGGUUCUUUACGCAUCAUGAUCAGAAAUAUGAAAUAAAACCGCUACAAAGAUCAGAUGAAGGAGAUCAUGCUGUUAUUCCAUACAGUCAAGAGGAACCAGACACAGCUCAUUACAAACGUAGGGAGAAACAUGUUGGCAGGAAACGUAGCCAUCUUCGGACUUCCAGGUCACUCAACGGCCCAAAUGGAGACUUACUUCAAGGACAGAGGUACAUUGGUCUCUUCUUGGUGCUGGACAACGCCUUUUAUAAGAUGUAUAAAGGGAAUGUGACUCAGAUAAAGAGCUUUGUAUUCGAGGUGCUGAAUCUGCUCAAUAUGAUUUAUAAAACCAUAGACAUUCAAGUGUCAUUGGUGCGCAUGGAAAUAUGGUCUGAUGGUGACAAGAUAAAGGUGGAACCCAACAUUGGCGCCACAUUCACAAACUUCAUGAGAUGGCAUUAUUCUAACCUGGGAAAAAGGACCCAUAACCAUGCUCAACUUCUCAGUGGAACUGGCUUUCGUGCUGGACGUGUGGGAAUGGCAGCUGCUAAUUCCUUGUGUUCUACAUCUUCAGUGUCUGUUAUUGAGGCUAAAAGAAAGAAUAAUGUGUCUCUUGUAGCAGUGAUGGCACAUGAAUUGGGCCAUGCCCUUGGUAUGAAGGAUGUUCCAUAUUAUACCAAAUGUCCCUCUGGAAGCUGUGUGAUGAAUCAGUACCUGAGUUCAAAAUUCCCCAAGGAUUUCAGUACCAUCAGCCACUCACAUUUUCAAAGAUUCCUUUCAGCUAGAAAUACAAGGUGUCUACUGCUGGCCCUUGAUCCUAAAAAUAUAAUAAAGCCAACAUGUGGGAACAAACUUUUGGAAAUGGGAGAAGACUGCGACUGUGGCUCACCCGAGGAAUGCACCAAUCUUUGCUGUGAGCCUCUGACAUGCCAGCUGAAAUCCCAACCUGAGUGCAUAGAAGAAGCCUCCAACCACAUCACGUGAGCACCACCUUCUCUAUGUUCCCCUAAUGUCUUCUCACUUUCUUUAAGAUUUG